UGUGCGUGCGUGCAAAGCAGCUGCAUGGGUGCCAGGAGCUUCUGUGCAUCUGCGAGUGCGUGAUUUUUCACCUACUGUCAAUGCUGGGGUUCUGCGCCCACAGGGUGUCCAGGUACGCCCUGGAUGGAUCUGUGUCUUUAGGCGUUGCGGAUCGUGGCCAUGCCUUCGCCACUGUGGCAGCCUUGGGUCCAGGCCCUGGCCACCAUGGGGCUGCCUCCAGGCCCAACUACCCUCCCUCACACACUGCUGCUCCUGCCAGCCCUCGUGAGUUCAGGUUGGGGGGAAUUGGCACCACAAAUUGAUGGUCACACCUUGGCUGAGAGGGCACUUCGGGAGAAUGAGCGCCAUGCCUUCACCUGUCGGGUGGCCGGGGGCUCUGGCAUCCCUCGAUUAGCCUGGUACCUGGAUGGACAGCUGCAGGAAACUACUACCUCAAGACUGCUGAGUGUGGGCGGGGAGGCCUUCUCUGGAGGCACCAGUACGUUUACUGUCACUGCCCAGAGGGCCCAGCAUGAGCUCAAUUGCUCCCUGAAGGACCCACGGAGUGGACAGUCAGCCAAUGCCUCUGUCAUCCUCAACGUGCAAUUUAAACCCGAGAUUGACCAGGUUGGGGCCAAGUACCAGGAUGCUCAAGGUCCAGGCCUUCUGGUUGUCCUGUUUGCCCUGGUGCGGGCCAACCCACCUGCCAAUGUCACCUGGAUUGACCAGGAUGGGCCAGUGACAGUCAACGCCUCUGACUUCCUGGUGCUGGAUGCUCAGAACUACCCUUGGCUGACCAACCACACGGUGCAGCUGCAACUUCGCAGCCUGGCACACAACCUCUCAGUGGUGGCCACCAAUGACGUAGGUGUCACCAGUGCCUCAUUUCCAACCCCAGGGCUCCUGGCUUCCCGAGUAGAAGUGCCAUUGCUGGGUAUUGUUGUGGCUGGAGGGCUUGCCCUGGGCACCCUAGUGGGAUUCAGCACCUUGGUGGCCUGCCUCAUCUGCAGGAAAGAGAAGAAAAUUAAAGGCCCCUCCCGGCGCCCAUCUCUGAUCUCCAGUGACUCCAACAAUCUAAAACUCAACAAUGUGCGCCUGCCACGGGAGAACAUGUCGCUCCCCUCCAACCUUCAGCUCAAUGACCUUACUCCAGAUCUCAGAGGGAAAGCAGCAGAGCGGAGAAUGUCCCAGCAUGGCAGCCGCCCAGAACUUCUGGAAGCUGAGGCUGGUGGUCUCCUCACUAGCCGAGGCUUCAUCCGCCUUCCAAUGCUGGGUUAUAUCUACCGAGUGUCCAGUGUGAGCAGUGAUGAGAUCUGGCUCUGAGCUGAGGAACGAGGGCCUCGUGGCCAAUGGACUCCCCGGAACACCCAUCCCAUGUUUCUUCCAGUCCUUCUUCUGCCUCACCAUCUUGUCACCAUAAAGAGCCCAUACCACUGCCACCUGGCCCUCCUGAAGGCUAGGAUAUCUUGUGAGUCACACACAAUGUAUUCAUAGUGAUCUGACCCACAGGGACAGACAGGUAUCCUUGGUAAGGCUGCCAGCCAGAAGUAAGUCCCUUGUACCCACUCAGUUUCAGGGCCUAGGCAGAUAGAACUCUCUGCCAGGUGUGUUCAGGUCUCACCCAGCAUCCAGGAGUGGUAUGGUCUGCUAUAUGCCCACACCAGUGCUCCUCAGCACCUUGGACAUUAGGCAUGGGGAAUGCCGGUGUGGGGGACUGGGAGGGCCCUGCACGUCUUGGAUGGCCUUUCUACACUAUGCAGCUUUGUUCCCUCAGGGAAAAUUUAGUCCCCUGCUAGCUGUACACAACCAAAUUGCCCUUUGCACAGGAACCAGCCCCUGGCCCAGGGGACCGGGCCAAGCACAAAUUAUUCCUUUUGCUGCAUACCUCUGCCUUUCUCUGUCCCUUUGUCCCUGCACUUGACCUUCUCCACUGGGCAUAGACUUCCCAUCAGCUUGGGCACCCAUGCUGCCAAAGCCUCUUUAGCACAGUUUAGCGAGGAAGAGAGAGGUGGCAAGUCUGAUGAUACCCAGGAUGGCAAGUAGCUAUGCAUCGUUUUGUACUGUGUUAGCACUUUGAGCACAUCCCCUAGGGGAGGGGACCAAGGAGGGCCCAGAGUUCUCCUGGAUACCCCAAGACCGGCCUUCAGUGACUCACUGUGAGUGUCAAGAGCACUCAGGAUUGAUGGAUUCCUUCUCAGCAUGUCUCCUCCACCAUGGAACCCCCCCCCCAUCCUGUUCUUUAGGGGAUGAUCACAGGGGGCACAUAAUUCAAUAGUGUCAGAAUCUUUAGGAGAUCAUGGAGAAAGAGGGAGCCCACAUGCCCCCAAAGACCUAAAACGUGCUUUAAAAAGCUGCUUGGAGGGCUGGAGAGAUGGCUUAGCGGUUAAGUGCUUGCCUGUGAAGCCUAAGGACCCCAGUUCGAGGCUCGAUUCCCCAGGACCCACAUUAGUCAGAUGCACAAGGGGGAGCACACGU